UUAGUUGGGCAGUUUGGAAACUUGUGAUGUCCGGGGACAGAUCUCACUUCAUCUCCGACACCUGUUGCCGAGGACGCGGCGGCGCAGGAGAGGACACGUGACACGUGACACGUGACACUCCGCCACAGGCGCGCGCGGCCGUUCGGCACCGACGGGUCCACGGAGGCUGCGCGACCACAUCUGCCAGUCCACUUUCUUUUCUUCUCUUCUCUCUUCUCCUCUUCUUCUCUUUCCCCUUUGAAGGUGCAGUGAAAGUGGGGACGUCGCGCUCGCAAAAGAAGGACGCGUGUCUCUCCCUGUCACAGGAGUGCGCCCCCGGCCCCCGCAUGGAAACAGCGACCUGCUCGUAGUUUCCACAGCAGCCGGACAGAGAGUCACACUUUUGGGACUUGAGCUCCCUGGAUGGUGGGAAGGAGAAGAGGAGGAGGAGGAGGAGGAGGACGAGGUUUUCUUGGGACAACGGGAUCCGAGCACCGCGGACCAGGUUGGGUGCUGACUACAGCAGACUUUAGGACAGAGACACUUUUUUCCCUCUGCGCCUCCCCUCACUUUUCCCUGUCUGCACCAGCCAUAAACCCACAGAGCGCGUCCCCAAGCACCGGCUGUGAGGCGGCGACGCAGCGGACCAUGGACAACAGGCCUGUCCGGAGAAGGCGAACCGGUGCGCUCCGACAUCUGCUGCUGGCAGCCGCCUUCCUCGCCUGCAGCUCCCAACUGCUGGUGGUGGAGGCCAACUCGUGGUGGUCACUAGCUCUGACCCCGAUCCAGCGGCCGGAGAUGUAUAUCAUUGGAGCUCAGCCUCUCUGCAGUCAGCUGUCUGGACUCUCUCAGGGCCAGAGGAAGCUCUGCCAGCUGUACCAGGACCACAUGAUCUACAUCGGAGACGGAGCCAAGACGGGCAUCAAGGAGUGCCAGUAUCAGUUCAGACAGAGGAGGUGGAACUGCAGCACCGUGGACAACACGUCCGUGUUUGGAAGGGUCAUGCAGAUCGGCUCCAGGGAAACAGCCUUCACCUACGCCAUCAGCGCGGCCGGCGUGGUCAACGCCAUCAGCCGGGCGUGCCGCGAGGGCGAGCUCUCCACCUGCGGCUGCAGCCGCUCGGCACGACCCCGCGACCUGCCGCGCGACUGGCUGUGGGGCGGCUGCGGCGACAAUGUCCACUACGGCUACCGGUUCGCCCGCGAGUUUGUGGACGCCAGAGAGAGGGAGAAGAAUUACCCCCGUGGGUCACCUGAGCACGCCCGAACCCUGAUGAACGUGCAGAACAAUGAAGCAGGGAGACAGGCCGUCUAUAACCUUGCUAACGUGGCCUGCAAGUGUCACGGGGUCUCGGGCUCGUGCAGUCUGAAGACAUGUUGGCUCCAGCUGGCCGACUUCAGACGCGUCGGCGAGUUUCUCAAGGAGAAGUACGACAGUGCCGCUGCCAUGCGCAUCGGACGCAAGGGAAAGCUGGAGCAGGUCGACAAGCGCUUCAACACCCCAACCCCGGAGGACUUGGCCUACAUCGACCCCAGCCCGGAUUACUGCCUCCGCAACGAGACCACGGGCUCCCUGGGCACGCAGGGCCGCCUCUGCAACAAAACCUCGGAGGGCAUGGACGGCUGCGAGCUGAUGUGCUGCGGCAGAGGUUACGAUCAGUUCAAGACCUACAAGCACGAGCGCUGCCACUGCAAGUUCCACUGGUGCUGCUACGUCAAGUGCAAACGCUGCACGACGCUCGUGGACCAGUUUGUGUGUAAAUAGCGCGCCGGCGGACAACAGACGGAUGGAAGGAGAGAGGAGGGACAGUAGUGCGACAGUGUGAUGAUGGAGGGUGAAGGAUUUAUGACGGGAGGCCGAUUUUUCAGGGUUUUGUUUCGGAUGAGUUGAGACAAUAAGUUCCAUUUUCUGACAAAGCUGCUCUUUUUUUUUUUCCCUCUCACCUCCGAUGAGAAAACUCCCACCAUUUUACACCCAGGUGCAGAAGCUGCUUUAACACCCGAGUGGCCAUUUCUUUGUGCGCGUGAACAGCAGAAUGAUGAAGGGAUCGAUGAAGAGGAACCCCACAUGGGUCAGCGGAGAGACAAAAGUAGGGAGGCAGGAGGGGAUUGGACGUAUUCCACGCUUCUCGGGCACCUCUCUGAGAUUCUUGUUUUGCCAUCGCUCACGUCAUCGCUUUCUGUACGACGCCCCGAUCACAAUCCUGAAGGGGAGAGGGGUGGAGGGAAGGGAGGACAAACAAGAAUGAAUGAAAAAUGAAGGGCAUCAAGGAGAGAUGGACUUGCAGGUGACGGUGGAACAACUGGACCCUAAAAUAACGGGACGCGUAUUACUAGGGUGAUGAGAUGAUGACGAGGAAAUGAGAAAGGAAAUAAAUAUAUAAUUGAAUAAUAGAUAAAUAUACAAAUCUGUUUUUAUUAUUUAAAAAGACUAGAGCGAGCCAGAGACGCAGUUUGGACCCACAAUACUCUGUUCACGUGUUUGGGAAUUGAACCCUUUUAGUGCUGACUGAGUGUCCACGUUUGUGUGUUUUUGACCUUUGAUCCCGCAAGAGAAAUUCUCACAUGCGCGAAUUGCGCUGACGUUGCCAGACUCACCUGCAACCGGUUAGGGAUGCUGUAAAGUUCGGGCCGAAUCGGUCAGAAGACAGAAAACAGGAGAGGAAUCUCUCAUUGGGGGAGACAAAUUAAAAAUGGGGGAGGUCGGCGAAAAUUCACAGCUGUACACGUCGGUUCCAAAACGCAGUACAGUGCAGCAGCAACACUCGAUCUUCACGUCAAAAUGGACCUACUGUAUGACUCACACACUCUCCAUCGGACUCGGUGUAACUGCAGCAGUGUCCGGAGCAGCGAUCCAGCAACUUUGACCCAACACGUGCGUCCGCGCAGGUUAAUGAGACUCGCCGGUCGCAUCCAUCCCGACACGGCCGGCUGUUUAAACAAGCAGCUCCCACCGGCAGCACGGCUCCCCGACCUUCGGCUGACAGUGAAGCGAGCGGAAAACCUCCAUUAGUGAGAUUAAUGUGCUGUAUCUGCCUUAAUGCACCGCACUGGGAGACACGUUCGCCGCGAGUGGACCUCUUCAUCUCGCGCCGUUAUGCUACUUAUUAAGUCAACAAAAAGCCCUGUGGUGUCGAUCUGGCAGCCUUGCCACCAGUUAAACAUUUUUAUAACACUGUUGCGCCAAAGAAUAUUGCACGUCUAUAGUACAAAAUACACUCGACGGACAGUUCCUAACAAAACGCAAAGAGGACAGAAAAGGACUGAACAUGCUGUGGAAAAAUGAAAGCGUGAGUGUGCGGAAACAGAGAGGACUGCAAUUUAUUAGGGGCUACUUUUAAAGAAUAGUAGAUCAGAAAAGAAAGUAUAUUUUAUUAUUGUUUUUUUAAUUCUCUGUUUUCUAUGUUUUAUACGUUGAGUAUUAUGGUGUAAUCAUUUGAUAAACUAGUCUUUGACAA